CUCACAAGCAAAUCUAGACCGUCCACGUCGUCAACCAAGGCGCAAACAAAUACUACAAAAACCCUAGAGCUUCACUCGCAGCCUCUUCUUCGUAGCCCGCCGAACCCCCUAAAACGAAGAGCGCCGCACUGACUUCAGCUCUCGAGAUGGGUGAAGCAGUCAAGGUAGUGGUUCCAGAGUCUGUCCUUAAGAAGAGGAAGAGAGAGGAGGAAUGGGCAUUGGCCAAGAAGCAAGGGCUUGUGGCCGCCAAAACUAAGAAAGCUGAGAACAGGAAGCUUAUAUAUGUCAAAGCCAAACAGUACUCCAAGGAGUACGCUGACAAGGAGAACGAGUUGAUCCAGUUGAAGCGUGAAGCAAGGUUGAAGGGAGGUUUCUAUGUUGAACCUGAGGCUAAGCUCUUGUUUAUUAUUCGCAUUCGUGGUAUCAAUGCCAUUGACCCAAAGACAAAGAAGAUCCUGCAGCUUUUGCGUCUUAGACAGGUAUUCAAUGGUGUCUUCCUUAAAGUAAACAAGGCCACCUUGAACAUGCUUCACAGGGUUGAACCAUAUGUUAUCUAUGGAUACCCCAACCUGAAGAGUGUAAAGGAAUUGAUCUACAAGAGGGGCUAUGGCAAGUUGAACAAGCAGAGGAUUGCCUUGACAGAUAAUGCUGUUGUUGAACAGGGUUUGGGCAAGCAUGGAAUUAUCUGCACUGAGGAUCUUAUCCACGAGAUCUUGACAGUUGGACCACAUUUCAAGGAGGCCAACAACUUCCUAUGGCCAUUUAAGCUCAAAGCACCUUUGGGUGGUCUUAAGAAGAAGAGGAACCAUUAUGUUGAAGGUGGAGAUGCUGGAAAUCGUGAGAACUACAUCAAUGAGCUCAUUAGGAGAAUGAACUAGGUUGGGGCUGUUUAUGAUUAAUCCAGUUUUUCAUGGGCUUGAUGUCACUAGAGUGAAGAAUCUUAGAAUUUUUAUCUAUGGAAUUUUAUCUUUAAUUUUGCAGAAAUGUUAUGAUAUUCAUUAGAAGGUUUAUCCACUUCCGUUUUGGACUAA